GCGAGGGAAAGAAAAGAUCACAAAAAAAUUUAUUUUCAUUUCCUCUCUCUCUCUUUCAUCAUUCUUUACCUUCUUCAUCUUCAAGCUAUAUUCAUUAUUUUCCCUUUUUUCUUUCAGAAUUCAGCUAUAUAUAUUUUUUUUCAUUGUUAUAUAGCUAACAAUUCUAUGCCAUUUUCCCAAAGACUAAACCUUUUUGAUUAUAGGAAACUUGGGUUUUUUUUCUUUUCAAUUUUUAACAUAGGAUUUGUUUCUGGGUCUUUUGUUAAUUCUUAAGGCCUAAUUAUGUCAAACGACCAAGCUUUACCAUUCUCUGUUGUUUCUGUCUUCGAAGAUGUUAUUCAACAACAACAACAACAAGAAGAACAACAACAGCAGCAGCAACAACAGCAACAACAACAACAACAACAACAACAACAACAACAACAACUGCAACAACAACAGGCUCCCCGGUCCAGUGAUUUCAAAUUUGUCUCCAGAAAAACCGAAGAAGCUUCUUUGUUAAGGUAUGAAGCGGCCUGUUGGUUGCGAAAAACGGUUGGAGUUGUUGGAGGGAAGGACUUACCAGCUGAACCUUCUGAAGAAGACUUUAGGAUUGGUUUGCGUAGCGGGAUUAUUCUCUGCAAUGCUCUCAACAAAGUUCAACCUGGAGCAGUGGCUAAGGUGGUUGGAGGCCCUUGUGAUUCUGUUCUUGUUCCUGAUGGAGCAGCAUUAUCUGCUUUUCAAUACUUUGAAAAUGUAAGGAAUUUUCUUGUAGCUGUAGAAGAAAUGGGACUUCCUUCCUUUGAAGCUUCUGAUUUGGAACAGGGAGGAAAAUCUUCAAGAAUAGUGAAUUGUGUUUUGGCAAUGAAAUCCUUGUCUGAAGGGACACUUGGAGGAAGAAGUGGGUCAGGGUCAUUCAAAUUUGGUCAAAAGCCACCUACACCUGUGAAAUCAAUUUUGAGGAAAAACUCAGAACCAUUCACGAAGUCACUAUGGAGUAUGACAUUAGGUGACAAAGAUGUUGGUUACAUGAGUGAUAACUCUUCAUACAAUGAUUCUGGAAACGAUCGCCAAGAAGGGGGUUCAUUUUCUUCCUUAAAUUCACUAGUUCGCCAAUAUUUGUCUAAUAAGAGGCCAGACGAAAUUCCCAUUGCAGUGGAGUCUCUUCUUAGCAAAGUCAUGGAAGAGUUUGAGCGUCGAAUGCAAAUUCAACAAGAAACGUUUAAAACAACUCAAGAAGAUAAGCCAUCGGCUGAACCGGAACAAUCAAUUUCAAAAGAUGCUUCUGUUGAUGAAGGGAUGGAAGAAAAUGAAGAUGGAGAACAGUUGCAAGAAAAGAUCGAAGAAAAUGAAGAUGAAGAACAGUUGCAAGACAAGAUGGAAGAAAAUGAAGAUGGAGAACAGUUGCAAGAAAAACAAGAGGAAUGCGAUGAUGAGAAAUACAAUAGUGAUGCUGAAGAAUUAAACAGGCUGAAAUUGAAGCAGCUAAGUAUAGUCGAGGAACAAACUAGAAGUGUCCAGGAAGUGAAACACAUUGUACAUCAAACGAAAUCGGGAAUGCAGUUUCUGAAAAGGGAAUACCAAAAGGAUAUGAUCAAUCUAAGUAAGCACCUGCAAAGUCUAGCUGCUGCUGCUCAAGGAUAUCAUAAAGUUCUCGAAGAAAACCGCAAGUUAUACAAUCAAGUGCAGGAUCUUAAAGGAAACAUUAGGGUGUACUGUCGAGUUCGACCGUUCUUGGGAGCGAAAACAAGUCAAAAUAGCGUUGUAAGCGGUGUGGAGGAAGGAAGUAUGACACUCAUGAUACCUCCCAAUUCCAAACUUGGUAAAGAAGGAAAGAAGACAUUUACCUUCAAUAAAGCUUUUGGUUCUACUUCAACACAAGCGGAAGUAUUCUCGGAUAUGCAGCCUCUGGUCCGUUCGGUUCUUGAUGGUUACAAUGUUUGCAUUUUUGCAUAUGGCCAAACAGGAUCAGGAAAAACGUAUACUAUGGCAGGACCAGACAAUCUUGAUGACGACACCAUAGGUGUGAACUACCGUGCAUUGCAAGAUCUCUUCUUUCUCUCAGAUCAGAGGAAAGACACCAUUAACUAUGUAAUCUCAGUUCAGAUGCUUGAGAUUUACAACGAGCAAGUCAGAGACCUACUAGCUCCAGAGGGUUCUAAUAAAAGAUUAGAUAUCCGCAAUAGUUCCAAUAAUGGCAUCAACGUGCCAGAUGCGAACCUUGUUCCAGUUUCAACCACUUCCGAUGUCAUAAAUUUGAUGAACUUGGGACAUAAAAAUCGCGCUGUUGGUUCUACUUCCAUGAACGAACGUAGCAGUCGUUCUCACAGUUGCUUGACAGUUCAUGUUCAUGGAAAGAACUUGAUAUCAGGAGGCAUUAUUCGAGGUAGUAUGCAUCUUGUUGACCUUGCAGGAAGUGAGAGGGCCGAUAAAACCGAGGCCACGGGAGAUAGACUUAAAGAGGCUCAACAUAUCAACAAGUCACUUUCUGCCUUAGGGGAUGUAAUCGCUUCCCUUGCGCAGAAGAAUGCACAUGUUCCAUACCGGAACAGUAAACUUACUCAGCUACUUCAGGAUGCACUUGGAGGGCAGGCCAAGACUCUCAUGUUUGUUCAUAUUAGUCCGGAACCUGAUGCUCUUGGAGAAACACUAAGUACACUCAAGUUCGCAGAACGCGUAUCCACUGUUGAACUAGGAGCUGCAAAAGUAAAUAAAGAUAACACAGAAGUGAAAGACCUUAAAGAACAGAUUGCUAGUCUGAAGGCAGCCUUAGCGAGGAAGGAUGGAGAAGCAGAACAGUUUCAACAACCUACCAAUAAUGGCAAUGUAACACCAAAGUUAAAAUCGUAUGCAUCGUCACCUCCCAUACAACAACGUAGCUCGACAUCUGCUGGAGGCCGUAAGCAGCCAAAGGAUGAUACUAGUAGCGAAAUGGGUGAGAAUAAGGGUGCAACAAAGCUGAAAAGAAGAAGCCUAGAUCUUCAUGACAUGAUGUAUAGGGGUUCACCACCAUGGCCACAAAACAACCAAGGAGUAAAUGGAAAAGAGGAUGAUAAGGAAUCAGUUUCAAGUAGGAUGAACAGGAAUGACAGCUUCACAAGUGAUGAUAGCUUAGUGGGACAAUGGGAAUCAGAAAGUAAAUACUCUCCGAUGUUAAGUCCAAGUUCUCUUUCAGAAAAUUCAAAGUUAUGUUCGGAUCCCGGGUAUGAGAUGACUACUAUGACCACAGAUGAAUCUGAGGAGCUUGAAAUUGCAACAUGUAGCGAUUCUUCAGAAUCAGACAUGAGUUGGUUAAUACAGGCACCUAAACCAACCGCAAUUUCAAAUGGAUUAGGCUCUAAAUUAAAGAAACCUACUAAUCCUAGACCAACAAAGAUCCCCGAAGUCAGGAGUAUGAUCCCAUCAUUAAUUCCUACUCCAUCAAAAAAACCAGCAAGCCCAGUUACUCAAGCAAGAAAGAAUCCAGGAUCAACUGGUUUAAAAAGGAGGAGUGGACAUGCAAAGUGAGAGACCUUGUUCAAUUGUUCAAAGUGUUGUUGAAAGGCUUUGUUUUCCUCCUCUGGUGGUUUUAAUACAUUUUUUUUGUUGAUGAUUUUAGCACUACACUUAGAUUUAUUUGCUUGGUCAAAAGAUUUAUGAAUUAUUUUAGUGUCAUAAAUUUUCAAAAGGACAAAUGGAUGUAAGAUGUAAUGCUAGAAGGAGAGUGUACAAGUUGGAUAAUUUUUUUUUUGUUUUGUUUGUAUGUAUAAUACUAUAAUUUUGUGAAUAAUAGAUUUUUGUGCUAUUUGGUGAUGACAAAAAUAAACCCAUUGAGUGGUUCCAUUCUACUAUGUAUUUACCUGUGUGCCAAUGUGGCCAAGAAUACAAAAUUGAACUCUUCUUCUCAUA